AUGUCGACGCAUGCACGUGUGGGAGAUUCUUUACGACAACAGUACGCGAUCGGUAAUCAGCACAACAGGCGGUUCCAACAGACUGAUGAGCCGUGCCUGCAGUACAAUAUGGGUACCGGCUAUGUGUGGGACACAGAACUCGAGAACGAUGCAGAUAAGGAUUUUAUUAUUGAGGGUAUUCGCAAUGGCUUCAGGAUUACAGACGUGGGGUCAACACAUAAAAAUGUCAACUGUGAAAACUACGAAUCGGCGACUAGCAACAGACUGGCAGUUGAAGCACAAAUAAACACUGAACUGGCAGAGGGGAAUUAUGUCAUAACCUCCGUGAAACCUAUUAUAGAACUUCAGCAGUUGCUCAGUGACUUCUUUAACAAGAAAAGAGCAACAAAAAGGCAACUACAGAGUUUGGCAGGAAAACUCAACUUUGCAGGCAACGUGGUCCGCGGGGGGAGAACAUUCCUUCGGCGCAUUCUCGACGCUAUCUCAAAUAUGCAGCAACCUCAUCACAAGCCAGUUGGUAGGGCUGUCGCAUGUUCAGCCAAUAACACCAGUGCAUUUAUUAUACAAUCACAUGUCCUCUUCUACUCUGAGUUUUCUCCUUUCACAGGUGAUCAAGUGGUUUUGGAGGAAGCAUUGGAUAGCGAACUCGCAAACUUCAGAGCUUCUGCCUUCUCGGAUAAUACCAAAAAGACAUACGGCACCCAUCGACGGGCGUACUAUAAGUUUUGCUGUCUAUUAGGAUAUGAAUCAGUGCCGGCGUCACCGGUACUCGUGGCUAGAUAUGCCACCUUUCUAGCUCGAACACUGAAAUUUUCAUCUAGCAAACAAUAUCUUAAUAUUAUUAUUCAACACACUCAUAAGGAAUGCGGGUUUCCUAGCCCACUGCAAGAUAACUAUAUUUUGAAAACGACCUUAUCGGGCAUCAAACGACAAAAGGGUGAUGCGGUGUCUAGAAAACUACCUAUUACCCCAGCUAUUUUGUGCCAAAUUUAUGAAAGGCUUGAUAUGCAAUGUUUGGAUGAUGCUAUGUUCUGGGCAGUGUGUCUCACGGCGUUUUAUGCACUGCUACAGAAAUCUAACUUACUACCGGAAAAGUCCGAAGAUUUUAAUCAAUUACGCUACCCAACCAGGGCGGCCUUUACCUUUUAUCACUGGGGAGCUGUUAUGUCACUGCGCUUAACAAAGACUAUACAGUUUAAGGAGCGGGUCCUCUCUAUACCCCUCCCCUAUUUGCCGAGUCACCCCGUGUGUGCAGUAUCGGCCCUGAUGCGAGCCUUCUCUUUGGCCAACGUACCAAACAGUCAUGCUCCAGCUUUCUUAAGCCACACGUCCACUAGAAUUAGCCCCUUACUAUAUAGUUCCUUCUUUGGCAAACUUAGGAAGGUAUUAACGGAUAUUGGAUAUCCAGGGUAUCAGUACACCGGGCAUUCAUUUCGCAGGGGUGGGGCAACUUUGGCCCUUCAAGCUGGACUGCCUACUGAAUGGAUAAAAAUGUUAGGUGAUUGGAAAAGCGAUGCCUAUCUGGCCUACGUGGAGGUGCCGUUCCAGUCCCGACUCGCCGCUAUGACUGUUUUAGUUAAAUCUCUACCUUUAAUGCCAUAGAAUAACAGUUUAGAUAUACACAAAAAACUAUGGCCUACAACGUAAUAAUUAUUCUAAAGUACCCCUACUGGCUACUUGUUUGUGGGUAGAUUGGGAGCUUAGAUUCCUACGGCAUCUUUUUGAUGGGCAGUAUAAUGCAAUGGGCUUUUAUGCCGGGAAUAAAGCAACCAGUUUACCCAUGAACAUCUUGUUGUUGUUAUUACUGCAUUAGACAAACAUAGUUUAAGUA